GCAUCGACGACGAUGAACGCUAUUGGGAACCUGUUGACGCAGGCAGAUGGGAGGGGGUAUACAGCAAGUCGGCAUUCCUGAAUAGGACUGGUGCUUGCUGGUGAGGAAGGAAGGGUGCGGGUUACUGCAGGACCGAAGCCCAUUCCCACACCACCACCACCAUUCUCUUGGGGAGCACAAGGGAAAAAGUCGACGACGACAUUGGCUUGCCCCGCAUUUUCUGUUCGAAGCUGCACCACCACCACCAUGACAGCCCACGGCCACUGAGGCAGGCAGAGAGAGAGAAGGCAGACAGACAGACGAGCAGGUAGAUCUGCGGUCCACUGUCACCAUCACCAUCACUAUGCAUGUUCCCCCGUCCCCCAUCCCGCGCGCACCUCGUACAGUACAGAGAAGGGUCAGCAACCAACCACUCGGGCAAUUUCUUUCCUUUCUGUAUGCCUUCGGACAAAGGCUGAGCUCAUCCUCAAACAUGGAAGACGUGGGGAAAUAUGGGCUGGCUGAGACCGUCGAUUUGGACACCCUGCAUUAACAGCUGACUUCCAUUCUACAUGUGUUCGACAUUCGUUCGAAGGACGUUUAUGCUACGCUGUUGUUGUUGCUGACUGCAUUUUUCUUUUUCCAUGCUAUGAUCAAGUAUGGAUCAACCUUACCCAACGUUUCUUUCCUACCCACCCAACCUAGCUUACUUGUUACACAUUUUUAAGAUUCUCAUGUAAGACCAACCUCAACGAUUUUCAAGAUUUCAUGUACGGGGGAGGCAAACACCCCCCCCCCUUCCCCUUUUUUGCUUCUUCAUGAUCCAUAAUUGCUAAGGUGUUGAGCUGGUCUGUGAGGGUUGCAACCGGCGCGCGCGCAUGCAAGACGCAGCAAGAAGGGAAGGGAAGGGAAAGGAUUGGAUGGGAGGGGGGGAAAGGUUCAUGCAUGUGGAUGGCGUGUAUGCGUAUACUACCACCUAUGCCUAGGCGAGCUAGUUUGCUAUCGUGCCCAAACACCACCACCCACCCCCCUUUCUUUCGUUGUGUAGUUGCUGUGGUGGUUCGUUGCCCCGGGUUUUGUGGCUGCCGGAAGGGGGCGAGUGGCCGGCAGGGCCGGAGGCGAUAAUGAGAUGAGCUUUUGUAGGCUCUGCUACCCUGAUCGACAUUGGGAGAAACCUAGGAGAUUUGUGCAAGUGCCAUGGUGAUCUUGUGAGGAUUGAUGAAUAGGAGAUUUGGGGGGAGGGGGGGAAUCGGAGGGUUUGAUCGGGGGGAUGGGGAUGGUGUACGGGAUUUGGCCACUGUGGUGUGGUUAGUUGUUGAUAUCCGUGACCAAGUUCUUCUCUUUGCUCCUAAGAGAACAGGUUCCCUCGGGGAGUCUCUUGAUGCCUACACCUGCCUGGCUGGCUACCUCAACACCCGGAGGAGACAACCCGGGAAUACCCACAGAACGACCACCCUCUGCAACCAUCCCAAGCUCACCUUGGUCACGACUGCCCACCCGGUAUUGUCCACAGAAAAGAAGGCAUCACGCUAG